UCAUGAAAUUAUAUAAACAGUACGAUCAUCAAAACGAGGUUGGUUUCCCUCCAUAUUUUAGUCUGUUGCUGCUGUUGUUCCAAAGAGUGCAUCAAAAAGAAGCAAUGAAUCAGAAUUUAUUUGGUGAUGUUGCAGAGAUUUGCCUUACAAAGUUCCCAACCAUUGUAGAGCCAAUUUUGUCAUAUCUGAAUGCAAAAGACCUUUCAGCAGCAGCAUGUGUUUGCUCUUUUUGGAAUGCAUCAGCAAAACGAAUUUGGCAAAAAAGAAAGUUCAUCGUAGCAAAUUUAUAUCACAAAGAAGUAGGAGAGGAAGAUGAGUUAUCGAUGCAAGAAAUGGGAGAUAUCCUUUGCAAAAGCAUCAACGGUUCAGUCAUAUUUCCUUGUGCAGCUUUGAUGUACCUGUCUCGCUGCGAUGAAUUUUUCUCUAAAAGACAUUCAAAACACAUUCGAAAGGUGGCCCAGACCGUAAAAUCUGCUCUGCCAAAUAAUUGCAAGUUUACUGGAGGCCUUGGUGGAGGUGUUAUCGGCCGUAUUGGUUCGAAAUCUUUGGAAGUGGAGCAAAGAGAAGGACUGUCAGUAUUGUUGUUGCCUCGAAACUCUGGCGUUUUUAUAAAUGACUUUUUCUUUACGAUGUCGGCCGUUCACGGCGCUUCGAAGGAUGAAUGGAGAAAGAUGCUUGGGAAUCCGAAAGACCAUAAAGUGAAGUUGGUUCUUUUGAAUGCUUGCUGCGAAGUUAAUGGAGUGGAAAAAAUACUGAAGAUGAUAACAAAGACCUUUGGAAAAGAUGUCCUUAUUGCUGGUGGACUUGUGGAAUCAAUUAUUCACGGCAGUAAGAUACACAACAGAGGCGUUUCUGGGCUGGUGUUUGCAGGAAAUAUGGCUGCCAGUUUGGUAAUAAACAAAGGCCGGAAAAGCAACGAAGGGAUGCGGGAAGAAGACAAAGAACAAUUCAUUCAAAGUCUACAGGGACUAAAAGAGUCCUUGGGGGCUGAAACCUAUGAUGUUAUAUUUAUGUAUUCAUGCGUUGCACGUGGUUACAGUUUGUAUCGCGAGGACAAUGUCGAGACCACGUGGAUAUCUGAGGUAUUCCCUGGGGUACCCGUUGUUGGAAUGUUCGCCUUUGGUGAGAUUGGGUAUGGCCCUGAUUUGGCCGAAGGCAGCAAAACAGGUCACCACGCCUAUUCAACAGUGCUGUGUCUUUGCAAAUUCUAAGGACAUUUAUUGGUGCAAUAAAUAUGAUAAAAUAUGUUAAGCAUCUGAAUAUCGCUCAGGAAAGGUACGCGAGAGCUGCUUUUUGAACGUUACCCGUCCAGUUUUUUUCAUAGACGGUUAGAGAAAUGAGUACAAUCUUGCUACAGGGAACUAGAACUUUGUCACCUUUUGUUAUUUGUAGAAUUUAUGUUUCUUUGCAGCUUUUUAAAAUCUAGUUGUAGCAAAAAGGAAUUACAAGAAACUUGUGAAGUUAUCACAUGGCAGUAAUCGGGAAAAUUAGACACAUUUUGUAGAUAUAAAAUACAGCACUUAAAGAAACGUCGCAGUCAUGACAAACACUGUAAAAUUAAGUUUCCUCUUUCCAAUUUCCAGCAUUUUCUUUAAGAACCUGUGUAGAAAAAUGAAUUUGAAUAUAUAGAAAUUUAAGAGAAAAUUUGAGUGAAACUUAUAAGCCUUCUAAAGAACUUGGUACUAGUUGAUGUAUUUUGGGUUUUUAGAAAAAUUUCUACGUGAGAGUCAGUAUUGCACUAGCAAAAUAUUAAAUGCAAACUUUUCAUUAAAAAUAUUUAAUAAAAGCACGUUCCUCAAAAUUAUACAAGCUGAAGUAUUAUAAAAUGUAAGAAUAUAAGAAUGAUUUUAUUAAGAAUAUAUGUUUAAGUCAAGGUAUUUAUUUUGCAAAUUUUAUUAAGAAAGCAAUUCCUGCAUUACACACUUUUUUCUGCCAUAUUCGUAGAUUGGGGCCCGCGAUAGUCCUGGCAGUGUUGAACCCUUAGAAUUCCUUUCGGCUAGAGAAUAAUCAAAAAGCUGAAAGGAAAUAAUAUCUUUGCAAGCAUUUUUUGUAGUAUGUAUGUUUAAAAUAUUUUUUUCAAGAAUCGAGCAUUUUAAAAACAUGCUUUAGUCAAAUUAAAACCAGCAUUUCGGCUAGAGGAUAAUUUAAAAUUUAGAAAAAAAUAUUAUCUUUAAAUAAUAACACCUGAAUAAUACCUAAAAAAUAAUAACAUUUGGUGGUGUAUAAGUUUAAAAUAGCUUAUUUAAAAACAAACCUUUUUAGACAUGCUUCGGCCUUUCACAUGGUACUUAGCAGAGUAUAAAACGUCAGAAUAACGAUCAAAUAUGCCAAGUUAGGAAAUAUUUUUAACAGGCAAGUGCCAAUAUGUGCUUGCAUUUCUGAUUGGCAAGUUUUGAGCCACAACUAGGUAUACGUAUUUUCGUUUAUUGUCCCGACGUUUUAUACUCUCAAAGAGUUUCAGGAAUGUUUUAAAAUGUGUCCCUUUUUCCAAACCAUUCAUAAGAUAUAUCUAGUACUUAUGCUUUUCUGUUAGAUCAUGAUGUCGUUAUGUUAUCAUUUUUAAGGUAUAAUGCGAUGACUAGUUGAUACGCUCACAACACCAUUGCUGUUUUUUUAUUUUAAGUGGGACCUUAUCGUAUCUUGAUAAACUCUGUUUUUUAAGUUACUUAUUUUGAAGCUAAGCCGUUAAUUAUUUGUACAUGUUAGUUGCAAUUUGGUAGAUCAAUAUUUAAAUGGUAAAAUUAACCAUUUUUGUAGAGAAACAUAGGAUUAGAUUCCCAUAUAUAUUGACAACAUAUGAAACCAGUCUGCACUUAAAAUGAGACCAUCAUUUUGUGAACUUAAAUGAGUCAUCGUUAUGUCUACUCAAAGUCUCUCAUUAGGCCAUGCUAGAUCUGUUGAAUCUCGUUGUCAAAUAGCUGCAGAUGCAAUGCCAUCUCGUUCUGCCAAUAGAAGUUUUUGGAGGUUUUAAUAGUUUUGGAGGUCUUGAAAUCCUUUGAAGUAGUGCGUUCUAUUUGUCUUCAAUCAUUGUACUUGUGUGCUAUACCUGUAUUGAACAUGUGGAAGUUUCAAGCUCAUUCUAGCAACCAUAGCUUCUUCCCUUUACAAACAGCAGGAGUCACUGAAUCACAGCUUUUCAUGAAGCCUAAUGGGCCUCGGCCCAAUCCUAAAAUAAUUUCAAAAGGAACUUUGACCAUCUACCUAAUCAUUUUUCCCUCAUCUCUUAGUAGUUUCAAACCAAGAACACCCAUCGUGAUGUGGUUUAUCCCUCAAGUUCUGAAUAGCUCUCCAUAACCUGAAAGAAAAGAAGUCAAUAGUUCUUGUCUUCUAUGAAUGAAAUCUAUAAAUAAAUCUAUGAACGAAACCAUCACAUCUUCCUUUUCAACCAAGGCCUUCUGUCUCUUAGAAGCCAUGUCUCAAAAAUGCACCAAAACAACUUGUAAAUGAUGUUGCAUUCUUCAACUAUGAAGUUUGUAUUUAAAGCUCACUACCUUACCAAGGGUCGAAAAAGUAUAGGAUCUUGGGACCAUUGGCAUAGAAAAUAUAUUAGCCUCCAGAAAGAAAACAUCAUAAAAUUAUUCAAUAGUUUAGGAAUGUUUAGGAGUUAUGUUAUGAGAGCAAGUUUUAGGGGUCAACCUAUGCUUUGUUAAUUCUCCACUGUAUAAGAUCUGUACAGCGGUAAAGAAAUGUGAUUGAAGAGGAGAAAUAUUAUUGAUGACAUUGUUGCUAUGGUAUAGGAAAAGAAUUUAUUUGUACAUUCAAAGAUGGCUGAUGGCACCACUAUCGGCAGAGCUAAAGAUCUCAUGUGUUAGUUUGAAUACCAAAAGUUGACCAUUGUAACUUUUUCCUUUUCGUUUCCUGUUAUAAGUGAGUCACCUUUGUUAUUUUCAUUGUCCUACCCUCUCUCCCGUCUUUUUGCAGGUUUCCUGUAACGCAUGCAAUGCCUUUUCUAUAAAACAGGGGGGUUUGUGCAUCAUUGAUAUUUGAAAUUAUUGUUAUUAAUAUUAUUAUUGUCAUAAUUGACUUUAUUAUUAUUGUCAUAGCUGUCAUAUUUACACCUCAGUCGAUAUCACACAGUAACUAGUCAAUUUCACGCAGUUUGAUAUCCCCCUGAGUAAUAAAAAGCUUUUGAUACAAAUCUCUUUUGAAAAAGCUUGCGUAUUCUUACAGCGAGUUAGAGUAGGUCCCUCAAAGGAAUAUAGAAGGGCAAAUGUUUGUCUUCCCUUUUACUGGCAAUCGCUCAAGUGGAAUUUAUAGCUGUCAUUUCAGCUGUUGGGCACACACGAUUAUCUAUCAAAAACCGUAAAUAAUCUCAAAAAUUACCCGUUCCUUUUACCAAUUAAUUGUAAAGCACAUCUGAAAUUAUUCCUCCUCAUCUACAACAAGAAGGUUCAACAAUCAAAGGACAAAAGCAAAACAAUCUUUGUUUAUUUUACCUCUACUGCAACGAUAUCUUGCGUAAUAUUUACAAACACUAAGGCCUCGAACACCCUGGCAAAAUACUUUCCCGUUUGUACAAUUAAACUGUUUGAUCAAUAAUGUUGAUUGGCAUCUUAGCUGCUGAGAAUUGUGUCUUGUGUGCUUACAACGGGGUGUACACAAAUGGAUUCAUGAACGUUGUCAAGACCAUCAGAUUGUGAUUUUGGUUGUCAGUCGUUCCUAUUCGGAGAAAAAGUAUCAUUGAAAAUUCACGGCCAAAAGCAAGUCAGUGAGUUAAAUAGAGAGCAAGACGCCUUUUUCCACGGCAAUGG